AUGACCAGUAUCAUGCGGGAACAUCCGCAGUAUAAAUUUGCCCUUGCUGAUCCGGAUAUCUUUGCCGUGGACAGUACACCAAUUCAUCCGAUCUUCGGAGUAUCCCUGGAACUCGCCACAGCCUUGCUCAUCGCCGCCAUGGUGAUCGAAGUCAUCCCUGUGGGUGCAAUGUGUUUGGCGCACUCAUUUUGGCUGCUGAGUGGCGGCACGCUGUUCAGCCCGAACACCCGACGGCUGCAGAUGAAGUUAAUGUACGGACUGCUGGUGCAGAUGGCCGUACCACUGGUGACAAUAGCAAUUCCCUGGGGCUUUUUCGCGGUUGUAAUAAUUCUCGAUUGGGCAGUUAGUCCAGCCACCCUCAACUUUUGGUUCUGGCUGGACGCUGCCCAUGCAACGAUCUCUUCAAUUACGAUGGCGCUUUAUACUGACCCCUACAGGAAAUAUAUAUGGCAUUUGGUCUGGUAUAGGAGGUCAGUUCUAGUGCUGAAAGCU